AUGCCCUAUCUGAGGCUUCCUGACUCAGGAGAGCAAAGUCCACAAGAUUUCCACCGAGAUGUGCUGAGCAAAGGCCGGAGCCCCAGAAGAAAACAAGUGUAGACUCUGAGCAAAGCUGCCCUCAUCCUGAGCGUGAGCUCGCUGCCCCUGGGGUCUGGGUGAUUGGCAAUGAGCCCUGUGAUGUCAGCAUUCAUGAGGGAGCUCCCCGGCUUGUUCCUGCUUGCUGGGGUCUUCCUACCUGUGACCUUGCUGCUGCUUCUUCUCAUCGCCUACUUCAGGAUCAAACUGAUGGAGGUUAACGAAGAACUGUCGCAGAGCCCCCAUCACCAGCAGAAACGCAAGGCUGGCUCUUACCUGUACCAGUGGACAAAAAGAACAUGACUUGGGGACUGAUCCAUGGCUAAAGCGCAGCGAAUUUCUACUGGUCAGAGAGCAACGGUCAAUGGCUUAGCUAAUGAAAUAAGUUCAUAAAUUCAAACAACAGCACAAAUGGAAUACUGAAAAGCUUGUUCUGAACCACUUUGCAAAGUGGCAGCUAUGACCCAGGGGUACAUCUAUGAGACUCAGUUAAAUAGCAGUUCGUUGGAGAGUACCAAGAAUAUAAGAUUCUCUUGGAUGUGUACUAUGGACUGGACGCUUGGCAACUUUUUAACUUUUAUAGGACUCUGUCUACUCUGAAGGACACUAUUUUUUUAAGUAAAAUUCUUAAGUAUCCUUAUUACAUAAUCCCAUGGAAGUGUACAUCAUUCUGAUUUUAUAGAUGAAUAAAUUCGGGUAGAGAGCAAACAGAUAGCAAAAGACAAGUGCCUUGAGAGCACUGUGGAUUCCCUCUGCGAGAGCAUUCCCACUUCCUCCGCCUGCCCCACGGCAACUCUAAAAUGACGCCCUUCCAGGCAUCACUUCCGGCCCUGAG